AGGUGUAACUCAAACAAAUCAUAUCUACGUAGUGUGGGUGCAGACACUUGACAGUUGACAUUGAAAAAAAUGAUAAGUGUUAACAGCUGACUGUCAGAUAGAGCUUUCAUAAUACAUUCACAACAAUAUUUAUAACAAGAUCCAUUCACCACUUAUCAGUUAUCACUAUUUAUAUUUUAUACAUAUUUCAGAAGCUUGUUAGUUGCUGCCAACAGUGGUUGUUUAUACGUGUAUCUUGUUGACUUGUUACAAUUAUUGAAAUGAAAUCUAAAUCAGGGUUGACAAGAUUCCAUAACUGUUACAUUCUUCGUAAUAGUCAAAUUAUAAAAGAAGAUUUAUGGAUAAGAGAUGGGGUUAUAAUAGAUCCAGAGGAAAUAUUUUAUGAAGAACAAGUUGGUGCUGAUGUGACUGUCAGAUGUGAUGACGUGAUUAUAGCCCCUGGUUUCAUAGAUAUACAAAUAAAUGGUGGUUGGGGUGUUGAUUUCUCGUAUGACCAAGAAAAUGUAAAGGGUGGUAUUCAAAAAGUUGCAAAAGCAUUGCUAGCUCAUGGAGUUACUUCAUUUUGCCCUACCAUGGUAACAUCAGACAAAGAAAAGUACAAAAAAAUCUUACCUCAAAUAAUAAAAACUCAGGGAAACAAAGAAGGUGCAACAAUCCUUGGUGUACACCUAGAAGGGCCCUUUAUAAGUCUGGCAAAGAAAGGUGCACACACAGAGGAGCUUAUAAGAAAUCCAGAUAAGGGCCUUGAUACAAUUGAAGAAAUGUAUGGAUCUCUAGACAAUACCAUUAUUGUGACUCUUGCCCCCGAAUUACCGGGAGCCUUAAGUGCUAUAAAAAGUCUAUCAAAUAUGGGGAUAAAAGUAGCACUUGGUCAUACCUCAGCAAGCCUUGCUCAGAGUGAAGAAGGAGUUAAAAAUGGUGCAAACCUAAUAACUCAUUUAUUCAAUGCUAUGUUGCCAUUUCAUCAUCGGGAUCCUGGCCUAGUUGGAUUGUUAACUUCAACUACCGAGAAACAAAUUUACUAUGGAAUAAUUUCAGAUGGUAUUCACACACAUCCUGCUGCACUUAGAAUAGCAUGUAGAACAAACAGAGAAGGAUUAAUACUAGUCAGCGACGCAUUUGCAGCAAUGGGACUUCAAGAUGGAAGUUACCGCAUCGGGCCUCAACACGUCACUGUUGAAAACGGGCGCGCCUUCAUUACGGGUACUAAGACCUUAUGCGGCAGUACCUCUGCACUUGAUGAAUGUGUCAAAAUAUUCAAGGAAGCUACUGAUUGUUCUCUUGAAUAUGCAUUGGAAGCAGCGUCGUUACAUCCAGCAAAGGCAUUGGGAAUUGAUUACAAGAAAGGGAAGCUCAAUUUUGGUUAUGAUGCCGAUUUCGUAUUGCUUCACGCAAAAUCUCUGGACGUUAAGUCCACUUGGAUUGCUGGGGAAUGCGUCUAUCAAAGUUCUUAGGUUCCUAGACUUACCAGUUAUACAUUUUGUGAUAUAUUCGAAUUUUAUACAAAUCCUAUUUUAAAGUUUAGGUUAUACUUUGUUUUUACUUUCUUAUUUUAUAUAGCACAAAGUGCACUUAUAUCUUUUUAUUAAAUAUUUUUUAUAGACA